AUGGAGAAAUCGAAGAAGACGGACAUGUCGUUCAUCGUCUCCAUGAACGACGACCUUCUACAGAACAUUCUCCUGAGAUUACCUGCGAAACCGUUUGCUUUCGCUUCCUGCGUUAACCGAUCGUGGAACAUCGUCUGCAAUCACAUCCUCUCUCGCCCCAAAUUGGUUUCCGCUUUCUCUAGAAACCCUAAUCAACUCAAAGCUGCACAAGAAGUACUUGAUAAAGCUUUGUCUGAGCCAAUUCGACCAGAUUUCGUCAUUGCAAAUAUGACAUCUGGGAAAAUGGAAGAAACUUUGAGUCUGAUAACUAAAAGAGUAGGAUCAAGGGUUCCUGUUGUUGUAUCUCUAGUUGGUGGAGUAUUAGGAAAAGAAGCGUGUAAUGACAAGGCUGGAGAGGUCACACUGUAUGACGAGGGACCGCAGAGUUUUGCUAUACUGUUGACCGUUGGCUACUUGCCAGGAAUCAAAGUCGAUGUUAUUCCUGUAAUUCAAGCAAAAGAGGAAACUGAAGCAAUGAUUGGAGAUAGAUUCGUGAUGGAUAUUAGGAAUUUUGUGUCUGCGGUUUCAGAUCAAGCUGCACCAGCCUGUCUUAUGCUCUUCGGGGAGGGUACUUAUGCCACAGAACCUAUCAUUCGAAAAUUGGACUAUGCCAUGCCCCCAGAAACUAUUAUUGUGGGUAAUCAAAAGGGAGAGUUCUUACAUAAACGUGCUAAUGAAUCAAGAAAUGUUCAGCUGCCGCAUAAAGACGAGAGCAGAGUUCUUGCAGGUCUAAUCUUCGCAAGAGAUAGACACAAACCCAUUCAGGCUGGGAGAGUUCAGUUUCACACUGCAAUAUCAAGAGGAGUGUCAUCAGUUGAUUUGAGUUACAAGGUGGCUAAUGCCAUUUACGGUCUCCCUAAAUGUCCUGCUACACUUAUGACUGCAAAAAGAAUUGGAGAAGCAGAGGUUCUUAAUGGUAAUCAAAUUCUAGAUGACAUAGAAGCAAAUCAGUUAGGAAACCCUCUCAAGGAGCCUGGUCUAUACAUUGGAGUGAUAAAACGAAGAAAAUACUAUGUUGGUUUAGAGCAGAAGCCAAAGAUCAUGUCCUCACUUGUGUUUCAUGAAGUUACUGGAGCCGAUGAACAGUAUCUUUUAGUCAGUGGCGCUGGAAUCAAAACCUGUGACCAGUUCCAACCUUACAUCCCUGAUCUUAAAGUGGCUGAAGCAUCACUAAGCGAUGUUUCGUCUCAGCUUAGAAACAUCGUGUCCAAACCGAAUAAACGGGAGGUUGUUGGAGGUUUUGUUUUCGCUGGUAUUGGACGUGGUGAGUCUUUCUUUGGUCGGUUAAACGCAGAUAGCUCACCGUUUUUGGAGAACUUCCCGGAGUUGCGUUUUGGUGGUGUGUUCUGCGACGGUGAGAUUGGAAGAAGCUUGUCCGGGGAGGAGGGAGAGGAGAAGGAAGAAAGUUGUAGACAGAGAUGUCUUCAUGUUGUUAGUUCUGUGUAUCUUAUUGUCUCGUAUGCAUGUUCUUAAUCUAACAUGUCUGUUUUUUUUUUGAUGUAUUGAAGAGAGUUUAAGACUAUUUUAAAAACUUUUAUAAAGUUAUAUAGGUAAAUUU